AUGGCGACACAAGCUGGCCCCGUCAUUCCUCCUCGACCCUCGAGGUCUCCUCAGUCGAAUCUUGCCCCCAAGUCGAUAUCAGACAUGCCAAAGAUCCCUCCUCGUCCCAGUAGACGCGUUGAACGCUCCGUGUCUCCUCUUCGGGACAGCUAUGCUCCUUCUCCAUUGAACGAACCUCCGAACUCUGCGGGAUUGACUCGUACGGUGUCCAACGAUCUCCCACAGCGACCCCCAAGUGUGACGAUACCGUCACUUGGAGAAGAGGGUAUCGAAUACCAGAACCUAGAUAUUGGCAAUUUGUCAGAUAGCCAUCACCAAAUUGGUACUCCGGCGGAGACCAGGAAUGUGGGCAGUGAUCUCAAGAUCCAUGCGCCCCGCCCGUCAUUGCCCAGUUCGAGCGCUAAGGCGAAGGUGCAGGCUGUCACUCGUACAGACUCGCGUCAGGCCGCUGCUGCCGGUCUCGGCGUGUCCGCAUCGCCGGUGCCUGAUGACCAUCAUGAGCGCUCUAGUCGCUCGCUUCAGUCCAGAGCAAGCGGCUCGCGCGCAGACUCUUCCACCGCAUCCUCUGAUCGUCGACGCUCUCUCCAACUCCCCGCUGAUGAGCACGGAAUUCCUGAAAUUGGUCAGAGAGUUCCCAUGUAUCCCAAUGCGGGUGAUGUGCAGGCACCGUCUCCAAGCCCUUAUCAGUUGGAGCACGGAGGUCAACGCCAGGGACGCCACCAUCACCGAACUCGCAGCGGCCGUGAGGCCUCCUUACCCCCUGGGAGCUAUGGACUCCACGGACAUGGUGUGCCUGCCACUGACAAGUUUGAGAAGGCUUGGUAUGAUAAGCAUCCCGAAGAGUACGUCAAGGUCGAACACGGACAAUAUGGCCCUGGCGUCGGGACUCCCCGCCCUGAUUGGGCGCUGAGCAGCGAUGAUCUCAACAAGAUCGUCCGUAGCUCCGCUGUGACCGGCUCUGGUCUCGGUACCUCUCCUAAUGUUGCGGGUACUCCAGAUGAGGAGGUCGGUUACAUUGCCACGGAUGAAUACACCCACCUCCCCCUGCGCAGCACGGACGUCCCCGCUUCAGAGGUUGGCGUUGAGCGAGAGGGGCGCAAAUCUGAAGACGCUGGUGUUAUUCAUGUCGAUGACCCGUACCACCCCCUGCAUCAUCCGGAUGGUUUCGCACCAACCCCAGCCCCUGAAGAACAAUCCCAUGAAAUGGGCGUGGGUCUUGACGAUGAAGAUGAGCCUAUUCUGGCUGCCGAUGAAGUCCGCCCUGAAUCAGCCUAUCAACAUCCUGCCGUCUCUCCCACCUUCGAUAGACGGCCUAGCGAGUAUGAUGGCAGGAGUCUCACUCCUAGCGUUAACCACAGUCGCUCAAAUAGUCGCUCUGCCACCCACCAGGGUGGCAUGCCCGCUCUCGUGAGAUACAACUCGCGCGACGAACGUGAGGAGACACACACGCCUCUGGAUGACGUUGAGGAGUACGAACCGCUAUUUCCCGAGGAUGAUAAGGACAAGAAGCCCAUUUCCGCUGCGGUCCGCUUCAAGCAGCGCCCUGAAAUGCUCAAGCACCGCUUUCCCAGCGAAGAUAUCUGGGAAGAUUCUCCCAACAGCUUGCAGCUCCACGCCACCGUUUCCACACCGGACAUUCACAAGCACGAGGCGUUUGAGACGCCGGAACAGGAGUCGUUCCGCCGCAGUCACGCUCCUCACCUUGAUCCUCGCCAGGUCGCAGAACACAUCCUUGAGUCCGAAGAACCAAAAGAAAAGACUCAACCGCGCCCUGAGAUUUGUAAGCAGCGGUUCCCCAGUCGAGACAUCUGGGAAGAUGCACCUGAGAGCCUGACACUCGUGACAACAAUCGAGCCCUCGGAGGAGAGUGAGGUGAAGAGUCCCGAUGUACCAUCGAAACCCGCUAUCCCAUCUCGCCCUCAGAAGCUUUCACAACAGGCUCCUGCGGUAGAUGCCUCCUCGAAACCAGCAACCUCUCCAACAGAAAAACGACAGCCGCCCAGCAUUCCUGGUAGACCCAAGCCACAGAUUCCUGCUCGACCAGCGAAGCCCAUUACCCGUGGAGCCGGAGAGGAAGCUCCAGCCAAAGAAAAGCCCGCCGUGCCCGUUCGGCCCAAUGGAAGCAAGAUUGCUGCACUUAAAGCAGGGUUCUUGUCAGAUCUAAAUUCGCGUCUGCAGCUGGGUCCCCAAGCGCCAAAGCCCCAAGAGAAGAAAGAGGAGGAAACUCCGGCAGAAAAGGCACCACUGAGUGACGCUCGCAAGGGUAGAGCUCGUGGUCCAUCCCGACGAAAGCCAGCUUCCGAGAACGCUAGCACAAGGCUACCGACGAUUCCCGAAAUUAAGAUCACCGAGACUUGGAAUGUUUGGCAAGUCGGUGAGGAUGGCAACCUGACGGUCGAAACCGGAGUGAAGGCCAAGCAGCCUGAGCCGGCUGCACCUGAAGUCUCGACUUCGAAGAACACCAUGGCCCCAGCCUUGUCAAAGAACAUUGCCGGCGAAUCCACCGAUCCUUCUCCGAUGACGGCGACUAAGGAAUCUGCACCCGAGACAGCUGAGACGAUACCAAGCACCGAUGGGGAGGCUGCGGCUGUGUCUGCUACGGAACCCACGAAGCCGGACGAGAGUGAGGUACAACAAACGUCUUCAGAUGCGCAGUCGGGAAUCACCCCUACUACAUCGCCCCCGGUAGACGACGCCAUUGAAGCCAUGGCUGCUACUGCUGACGGGAAAAGAGCGUCGGAAGGCGCUGUGCUCCACGAGGAGCAGUGA